UUGCUAGGGAUCUUUGUAAUACUUACCUGUUUUUUUAAUUGCAUAUUUAAUUUCUUUUUUCAGAAUGCUGAUGAGCGGAAAAUCGAAGUUACGCUGAAGGGUUGCUGGCAACACGACAAAGAAGUUAUCGCAGACUGUAAAGUUCAAGAUGAGUGCGUCGCGGAAAGCGGUAGACGUCAGCCAAGACCAAAUAUGGAGUUCUGUUGCUGCCGGUCACAUAUGUGCAAUAAGAAAGUGUCGAUACGAGUUGUGGAUGAGCUGAGGAUUGACGUCCCAUCGACGGUUAUUAAUGCGACUUCUACUAUGGGUGCAGUGUCGGGUUGGAUGAGUAGCAUAUGGUUCUUGAUUCUGUUCGUUCUAAUCGGAGUUUGUGUCGCUAGUAGCUCCCUCAUCUUCUCAUUAGUGUAUCGUCGUUGCUGGCAAAGCAGAGAUAAGAUCAAGUCCCAGACUGUCACAAUCCCGCAGCAGAGUGAGACUUGUGCUUUGCUGAACUGCCCUGCUACUCGACCAACAUUUGAAAUCACCGACAUGAAACAUUUGGCUAGCGGUCGUUUUGGUGAUGUGUUCAGUGCCAUGUAUCGAAGUGCUGAUUGUGUUGGAGAAGUGGCAGUGAAGGUCCUGAAAGACGAAGAAAGUUGGCAUUCGGAACAGACCAUUUAUAUCGAUGUGCUACGUCGAGCAGGUCAUCCAAACAUCCUCCGCUAUGUGGAUGUGGAACGACGAAACAAUGAAUAUUGGUUAAUUACCGAAUUCAUGAAUCAAGGAAAUUUGCAUGAAUAUCUUAAGAAGCACGUGUUAACGUUAAAGCAAUGUCUACGUAUAAUGUCUGGCAUGCUCGAAGGUUUGGCGUUCCUUCAUGAACCCCAAGGCAAUAAGUUCACGGUUGUGCAUAGGGACAUCAAGUCAAAGAAUAUUCUUUUAAAGUCAAUAGAAACUAGUGAGAAUGGGAAAGAAUUGACAUUAACGGCUUGCAUUGCCGACUUUGGCUUGGCUGCCGUGUUCAGCAGCCCACAGAUUGAUGACCAAGUGACGGGACAGGUUGGAACCUUCCGGUACAUGUCACCCGAAGUUCUUGAGGGUGCUACGGAGUUCACAAUUCCCGCUUUCCAACGAAUCGAUGUGUAUGCAAUGGCAUUGGUAAUGUGGGAGGUAAUUUCUCGUAGUAGUCUUGACAGUUACGAUGUCGACAUACCUGACUAUAAGCAACCAUUUGAAGACAUGACUAGUCCGUAUCCAAGUCUAGGCGAGAUGCGUGACGUCGUUGUGAAUCGGAAGCGGAGACCUGAAUUCCGUUCAGCGAUCACCGUGCAUCCGGUAGAACACAAUCAGAAGAUGUUAGAACCAUCCGUUAAUGUCGAAGGAGAUUGUAGAGCUACAGAUGGUAGUUUGGUCAACAACAGUUUGAGCAAUGUUAUGGAGAAGUUAAGUCCUUUACGGGAUACUGUCGACCAGGAACGAUAA